AUGCCCCGAAAGCGGACCCUGAGUCAAGCGGAAGAAGACUCUCUGAACUGCGCGCUCAGAGAGCCGGGUAUUUCGCAAAGUAAGGCCUUCAAGGUCUGGAGCAUUGCCACAGGCCUAAGCGGCCUGUCUCGUGGGGUAGCGCAGCGUCUGGACGAGUCCCGGCUGCGACCGUACCAGGACCUCUUCGCGCAUGGCCAGUGUCGAGCACUGAAGCCUGACAAGAGUUCUGUUUCUGUGCAUGUCUUGAAGGUGCACAGAGCCCUCCAGAAAAUGGUGAAGGAGUCUAACGCCUGGCACGUUGAGAUGUUGCAGGCGUUGCGUACGAGUUCAGUUCUUCGCCCUGUGCUCUACUUGGACGAAGUGCACGCAGGGAAUGUGCUGUCAGCACAUGCCAUUCUGAAAGUAUCUAUCUUCUACAUAUCCUUCGUGGAAAUGCAGCACUGCUGGCACAAUGAAUUUGCAUGGUUGCCAGCUGCCGUCAUCCAACACGAUGUCGUCGCCAGCAUAGAGGCUGGCCUGAGCCAAGUGCUCAUAUUGCUGCUAGAACAUAUGCACACUCCACGCGAGUUUACGCUCUUGCUGCAGGACCGGUGGUUCGACGUACGCAUGGCGCCCGAGACUUUCUUCAUUGCGGACCACGACGCGCAACGCAUGGUGUACACGGCCAAAGGUUCGGCAGGCAUUAAGCCGAUGCAAAGUAUUCGAGAUCAGGAAUACUUUGACAGCAUAGAAGAUAUGCGGCGCCCUCACACCAAGGCCGCACUGAAAGAGAAAGAGAUCUGCUAUGGUUUGCGUCUCGAAGAGAGGGGUCUCAUGUGCUCCGCGCAGUGGCGUGAAGUCAUGCCGCCCUCUAGAGCAUGCAAUGAUGCCAUGCAUGCCUACUUUUGCAGCGGCGGAAUUGUUCAAUUUGAAAUUAUGCUCUUUCUGCAGACGCUCACCACGCAAACCUCAAGGACACAUGCGGAUCUCCGGACCUUUGCCUCCUCUCAUGGAUGGCAGAGAGGUCCACGAGCUGGGUCGACAAGAUCGGCCGCAUUGUUUCGAGCCUGCUACUUUGACGGAGAUUACUAUCGGGGUGACGCCUGUCAGACCAAGUCGCUGCUGCCUUUGCUGGCGUACUACGCGUGGGAGUUACUCGGCGUGAGAGGCCUUGCGCCGGAAGAGUGUCGGUGCUUGUAUCUGCUGUUGGAUUGCGUCACAGAGAUCCGUCGCUUAGAGCAAAGGUGGCGCCCCCUUGCUGCGCGCGAGGAGGUGGAAGCGUUAGAGAGAGCACAAGAGCUUCACCAAGUGGCAUUUCGCCGCACGUACGGGGAGACGCACAUGCGUCCAAAGCACCAUCACAGACUGCAUCUGGGCGAGUGCGCGCUUAAAUUGGGCAGGCUCCUCACGACAGAAAUCUUGGAGAAAAAGCAUCAGGCUGUCAAGUCUCGUGGUUUACUCACGAGACAGCGCCCGAAGCUGUGCAACUCGGACCACCUCCAGUCAUGGCUCCUGCCUCGACUGCUGCAAGACACCGUGGAAGGCUCCAAGCGAGCCUCCGCGUUGGGAGUGUGGGGAGCCGCAGGCCCCCAAUCUGAGGCCGAUCUCGAAACACAGACAGUCCUGCGAGACAAAUCGGCGCAGCAAGUCUCCACGAUGCAUCUCCGCCAACACACCUUCAGUGUCGCCGAUAUACUGUUGAGUGCUGGCGGUCAAGCGUGCCUUGUGCGGGGUACUGUACCAUGGAGACCAGUGUGGACUCGUGGCACGCGUGGAACUGCUGCGACCGCUUGCUCGGAUGCCAUGGGGCUCAGAAUGGUCUAG